UUGCCCAGCAGCAUCCGGAGAGGUAUGGGGGGACGCCCCGGGAGGGGAGGGGAAGGAAAAGGGAGGAGAGCCACCCCCGGGCGCUUCCCGUCCUCCCCGGGCCCAGUGGAAGCCCUUGGUCUGCGGGCAGGGAGCGGGGUGAGGCUGGGUGCCGCAGAGCUGCACCUGCGGGCGCCAGAGCAAGUCUGCCCGUACAUACGUUCAGCUGUGCGUGUGCCUGCUCCCUGCCUGAGCCAGGAGCUGAGCCUCGCGGCAGCGAGAGCGGGACGUCGCCUCCCGGCUCCACCGAGCUGCGGAGUUGACAUCAGCAGCCCUUGGCUGCCGCGGUGGCGAUGCAGCUGCUUGUGCGUGUUUUUCCUCUCCUGACGAGGUUCCCGGUGGUGGAUCUUGCCUGUCAGUGAUGCCACCUGUGGUCACUGUGCGGUGGAAGAGAUAGUAAGGAACGGUUGCUCAACUGCCUGUCUUUGAAGAGGUGGUUUGAAAUAAAUAUACCCAGCUGUUUUGUGGCUCCAAACUACAGUUAUGCCAGGAAGUUGAUUCUACAGCUGUUUGUGAAAACAGUUUGAAGGCCUGCAGUGUGCCAGUGAGCAUUGGCCAGGACAGAAGGGCAUUCAGUAAUUAGGAAAAUGACUGGCUUUCUUGAAGAAGAAACAAAGAAGAAACCUUGAUUUCUUGCAUAGCUAGAAGGCAAAGCAAUACAAUCUUAACACCUGGUUAACUUAAAGAAGCAUUUUUCAAAAUACUUCUUGACUGUGUGGAUCUUCUAACUCUGACACAAACGUGCCUUUGGACUCAUUCAAGCAAAACAUUAGAAGAAUUGAUUGGGCAAAGCAGUCAUUGAAAGAGUGGCUGUUGAAGAACCAUGACAAAGCACCUGGAGAUCAUCAAUUUGUCAUUUUUGCUGGAACAUGAAAGAGAAACAAUCUUGGGAGUUUUGAAGAGAGAUGAGUAUCUGAAAAAGGUUGAAGAUAAAAGGAUAAGGAAAUUGAAAAAUGAGCUUCUGGAAGUGAAAAGGAAAGGUGGAAACCGUCACUGUCAACAGGACAAUAGCAGGGUCUGUGUUUGCUGUCAGAAAAGCUUGGGCUUAAUCUUCGACAGAGGAGACCUGUGCGAAACCUGCAAACUCCGAGUUUGCAAUAAGUGUCGCGUUGUGGGAACUCAUGGGCAGUGGAAGUGUUCAGUGUGUGCCAAGAUUGCACAGCUACGGAUAGUGACAGGAGAAUGGUUUUUUGAAGAAAGAGCAAAGCGCUUCAAGCAAUCAAAUCUUCUUGGGACCGAUGUUGUCAGACAGUCUAUCCUACGCAAGUUCCCAGAUACGGUUUCCAGUAAGGAUGAGGGAAGAAUAUUUAAAGAUCAACCCCAAGAGAAUGAAGAAAAAAGGUCAGAUGUACAAGUGUCCUCCACAAAUGGGCAUAAAUCAGUCUUCAGUGGACCUAGAAAGAUAGGGAAGCUAAUUAGGGCAGUUACCAAAGGAGAAAUUACAAAUGCCAAAGAUGAAGGUGAAAGGAGCACAGGCUCAGAAGCUGAAACCCAAAGUCUGCCCAGUGGCAAGUCAACGCCUUGCUCUGAGAGAGGGAGUACUCUUUCACUGAACAGCAGUGAUAAAGAGGCCACUGCAGGCCAUAUGAAAUGCACUGUGGGUCCCAUGAACAGAGGCAAUGUUUCCAUACCUUCCCUUCCGAGGUCUCCAGCACUCAGCAUGCGCAGCAUGACUGCAGAUUAUAGCAGGGAUGUUGUCUUAGACAAUGGCGUGAUUAUUCCAGCAAGUGAAAGUGUACCUGAAGAUUUAGUAAAGAAGCGUGGUAGGAAAGCAUCUGGAGCACCUUCCAUUGCUGUUUCUAGGGUUUCUUUGUCAUCAGAUCGUAGCCGAUCUGAGAUAGAUUUGAGCGAAUCUUUCUCUGAAGGAAAUGAGGAUACUCUGAGCAUAAGAAGCAGAUCUGUACCUAGUGCCUUAGAUCAGGAAAUGGAUUAUCUGGAUGAAGCAGAAGAAGAUAUUGAUGACGUAGUGGCUUCUAGUUAUUCAAGGAAACACGAACAUUUGACAAGUGGAUUAUCAACAAUCUCCCCAGAAGGCUCUGACAGAAAAUGGACAUAUCUAAAUGUUCCUGAAACAGAUGGUGAUACUACUAGCAUUAACAGCAUGCUGAGUGUAUAUAGUGAAACUGGUGACUAUGGCAACGUGAAGGUCAGUGGUGAAAUCCUUCUCAACAUCAACUACAGCUACAAAACAGGUGCCCUCAACAUCCUGGUGAAAAGUUGCAGAAACCUGGCCGUUGCAGAUGAGAAGAAGCAAAGGACCGAUCCAUACGUCAAAGCAUACCUUUUGCCUGAUAAGUCCCGCCAAAGUAAACGCAAGACCAAAAUUAAAAGUAACAGCACCAAUCCAGAAUUUAAUGAAACACUGAAGUAUGUCAUCAGUCACACACAGCUAGAAACCAGGACCCUGCAGCUUUCUGUCUGGCACUAUGACAGAUUUGGACGCAACAGCUUCCUUGGGGAGGUGGAAAUUCCAUUUGAUUCCUGGAACUUUGAAAAUCAGAGUGAUGAGUGGUUUGCGCUCCAGCCCAAGAUGGAGGUUGUGACAGAUGUUGGGCUUCAAUAUAAAGGAGAACUGACAGUAGUUCUACGUUACAUUCCCGCAGACAGAAACCUAAUGCUUCCUCUAGGGCAGUUUCAAGGAAAAAAGAGCUUUAAAAAAGGAAAAAAGGGAGACUCUCACAUGCCAUCUGGAGGUAUAUUAGAAGUCCUCAUCAAAGAAGCAAAGAAUUUAACAGCAGUGAAAUCAGGAGGCACAUCUGACACAUUCGUGAAAGGAUACUUGCUCCCAGAUGACAGCAAAGCUACAAAACACAAAACUCCCAUAAUAAAGAAGAGUGUGAACCCCCAGUGGAAUCAUACCUUUGCUUUCAGUGGCUUGAAUUCAAGGGAUAUACAUAAUGUCUGCUUAGAAUUGACUGUGUGGGACAAGGAGUCGCUGUCCAGUAAUAUUUUUCUAGGAGGUGUCCGUUUAAGCACUGGAAAUGGUGUAAGUAAUGGCAAGGAGGUUGACUGGAUGGACUCUCAAGGGGAAGAGCAGCAUCUCUGGCAGAAGAUGAUUGACAGUCCAGGAGCUCCUGUGGAGGGAAUAUUAAUGCUAAGAUCAAGCAUGGGAAAACGCAGACUCUGAAAGACUUGAACUACUGAGGGGUACCACAGGUACUCCCAACUUCAGUGGUGUUCAGACUCUUGUCACUUUGCCCAUUUGAAAGUGGAGAAGGGUUGUACGCUUUGCCUUGGAUAUUAAGGCUCCAAGAUUUUAAUGCAUUCUGCACUUUCACGUGCAUGUUCUUAACCCAGGCUUCUUGUAUGGAUUAUGUUUCUCCUGAAGCCACUGAGAAUUUGACCUUGUACAGAGAUCAGACCGGCUUUCUCUAACUGUUCUGGUGACUGGUGUGCAGUGGAUGAAUACCUCUGCCUGUGAGCGGCAUAGAGCGAGCAAAUUCUUUAGUGUGUCAUUUAGGAAGUAAUUCCUGGUUUACAUAUCUCUUUCUAGGUCAAAGAUGGCCUAGAAGAUAGCAGUGAGACAAGUACAAGCAGAUUCAGAGUGAGUCUGUGCUUUGGUAUUUGAAAGAUAAGAAGCCAUAAUGUUAUAAAGCAUAACAACAUUUCUUUAUGUUUGCUUACUGGGCUGUGCAGUGCGCAGGAUGGCAGGCUUGGAACCAAGCAGCCUACCAAGGCAGGCCAAUGCACUGUGUUGCACACUAGAAAUAGGUGGUAGGUGAGCUGAUGUACAGUGUUGGUGUUUAGGCAUUGUCUGGGUUAUUUUAAUGCACUGUAUAAAAGGCAGACUUGGUUCAACAUAAUCAAAGAGCCUCUAAUGAAAAUAAAUCAUACCAAAUCACUAGUUUCCAGAACUACAUGAUAUUACGGUGUUUCAUGCGGUUGACAGCUCUAGCUAAGAUCUUCUGAUGUCAUUGAACAGAAAGAAUAUGUUCACAUGCCUGUCCCCAUUUGAUUACGUUGCUAAAAUGAGACACAUACUGGACUUGGACAUAGAAAGCUAAGACCUUGAUUCAACAGAUUGUGUAGUAAAGUAUUGUGUUUAAAGUACAUGCCAGAAUGAUUUGCACAACUGUGGAAUUUUCUCUGAAUGGGCUGGGAUCCCAUUCAGGCGUGCCUAUGCAUGCUAAUUACUAACCAGAGUAGGACUUAUUUUCUCCUGAACAUUCACUGUGAGUUAACAGUGGAUUUAAUGAUAAGAGCAGGUUUUGGCCAAUUCAGUCAUUAAUCUUAUUAACUGUGACAACUGCUCAACAGUAAUUUUGCCAUUUGGUUUCGUAAAGUGAUUUUACACCUACUUAGAUCCCUCAUCCUUUGGCGACUUAUGCAGGUCAAAUGUGAAGAGCAUGAUGUUUUCAAAAGCUGUUAUGUGGGCUACUCCUACCAUAAUGAAAUAGGAUUAUAAGGUUUUUCCAAGAACAGCACAUUUCUGAUUGCAAGAUUGGGUAAUAAUGUAAUUGCAUGACAUGUGAUUGCUUAGGGUAUAAGACAAAGGAAUAUCAGUAAACUGAGUAAACAAUAUUUCUUCUGAGUUUUCUGAGAAUUAGAACACAGUUUCUUAUUUGAACUGCUAAAUUUAUCUAUAGCAAUUCUUACCUUUUUAAUUAUUUGGUUUUUCAAAAUGUUUUAUUUUUGGAAGCAAUACAGUAUAGUAAUAAUGAAACAAACUGAAAUAUAUGGGAACGUAAUCCUUACAUAAAUUACUGGAAAAAAACAAAAUUUCAAAGAAUUUAUUAUUCUCUGUAGAUUGAAACAACAGUAUCCAAAGAUUUCUGUGAAGAAUAAAGACCAUAAGAUCUAACUUGUUUGAGAGAUACCUCUGUUGUUCUUCACAAUCCAGAAAUUGCAAGUAAUCUAGAUUGAACAACAGAAUAUGAACUGAUAGCUAAGUAACUACAGCUGGGAAUUUUGACAUCUGUAGCUGUCCUUGCGUAUAAUUAUGUACAUGCAUUUAGAGCUGAAUGCAAAACCUGAACAUUUAAUGUCCACUCCUUUUUCCUUUUUUUUUUUUUUUUUUUCUUUUACUUUGGAGUUUUUGUAGUGGUUUUGGUUUGAGUGGCUUGAAACUGCAGGGAAGUUUACAAGCGAUCUUUUAAAAUCCUAAUAUUAUUAGAUAAAAAAGAAAAAUGUUAAAAAUAGUAUGUUAGUUUUAUUAAACCGAUUUGUUUCCUUACGAAUAUUUUCUGUUACAAUUCUGAUAUGACUUUAAAAAGUCAUUGGAAGUACUGCUUUCCCAGUUUGGGACCCAUGAUUUUCAGAAAUUACCGAGUCAUCUUUCAAAAUAGAAUUCCUUUACAGAAUCUCAGUUUGGCAACCAAAAGUCAAUAGUUGCUCAAGAAAACUGACUUCAGUUUAAUUCUUUAUCUGUUCUUCAUUUUCUUCUGAAGCCCUGCUCAAACUGGGCAGUGAAGCAAGUCUAGUCUUGUUUUAGCUGGCUUUUCAUUUUAUGCUGCAGAUGCUGUGAGAUGAUAAAUUAAACCACAAAUAUCAAGAACAUACAUUUUAUGACCUUUUCCUUAUCAUAAUAGUCUGUCUUAAAGUAUUAGAGUGGUUUUGGUUUGGUUUGGUUUGGUUUUUUGUAUCAGCAUCCCCCAAAGUAAAACCAAACCUAACUUUUGACACUUAAACUACCUCUCUAACAGAAUCUGAGUUGUCUUGGCAGUUUGUACUGCAAACCUGCAUUUAUUUUGAGAAUAAUAACAUUAUAUUGACAUAGAGGCACAAGCUUAUUUUUUUCGCUAUCUGGAAGUUGAUUCAAAAUUAUAAAGCUUGUUAAAUCUAAAGAAAAUAAUUCUUCAGGGUAAAAUUCCAGCUAGGGUUGUAGAGGAUCACUGGGCAGUUGCAUGGUUUGAUUUUGUUUCAUUUUGAUGGUGAAAAUGGGAAAAAUAAUAAGAACACAAAAAAAAUCUCCAAGUUGGACCCCAAAACAAACACCUUUUUCUUUUGCCAAAUUGAAAACCUUAAAAUAACUUUGAACUGAACUAAAACUUUUACAUGGAGUAUAAGAGCUUGUCUAAUUUUUGUAUGGUGUUUUCUAAUCUUCUAAGCAUGAACAUUUAAAUUAAAUCAAGUCUUACUUUGAAAGGAAAAGGCCUGUGCUUUACUACUUCAAAUUUUGCCCAUUUUGGUCCUAUGGUAGAGUUUGUGAUGAAUGGGCUCAUUUGGGAAGCCUCAGUCAGCUCAUUUGCUAAGUUCUUUUUGGUUUUCCUUCCAAAGGGCCAACAUUUCACUCUGAGCCUGCACCUGAACUUAUAGGCUGGGCUAUUAGGCUGGGCUACAAAUAGACUAUAGGUGUCAACUGCAGUUCAGCAUAUGAGAGGAAUCAUUUUACCUGGGAAGUAAUUUUGGCCAAGGCGGUGGUGGUUGCCAUAGAUGGGAUUUGGAGUAGUGCAGUGAAAUUGCCUCCUAGGUUAGCAAUGACAAUUUCACACUAUGGUAGCAUAUAAUAUGUAUUGUACUCUCUGCCUUAAGUGAGCCUUGGAGAGAUGAUGAGCAUUAUAUAAACACAAGCAAUUUGGAAAGCUUUGUUUUUCUGUGAUGUUAUUGGCACAUUUGUAGGAAGCGUUUGAUUUGUGGAAAAUGUCACAUUUAAUUAUAUCUCUUAUAUCUUUGUUCUCUUCCUUUACAAAAAUGAUUUAUGGUUUGGAAAAAGCAUAAGAUGAUUAACUGCAGAUGUGAUUUCUUGUUUCCCAGAUAUUUGAAUUAAUUGCCUAUAAUUGUGAGUCAUCAUGUACUGUGAGUUACCAGGCUGAACAAAAAGACAGCCAGGAAUUAGGCUAAAGCUUUCCUUUUGUAUGUAUGUUUAUGGUAUUGAAUGUGGAUGAAUGGUUUAUUCAAGGCUAACUUUUAGGAGAAAAUAGCCACAACUUUAACAUUGAUUCAUAAACUCCUGCCCUGAGUGAAUAGACACGGCAGAGCUGAUGUUUCUAAAGUAUUUUUCCACACAAACUUGAAUAAUUGAAGAUGUGUCAGUGGAGAAGGAAUCUUCCCUACAGUGGUUUUUGAAAGUGUUUUGCACAAUGCAUUUUACUCUGAAUACAUGUUUUUCUAGCAAGGUAACUACAGGGCUUCCAUCACUAUCUUUUCCCCUUGUGAUCCGAUUUUGAGGGUUUGAGGCAUUACAGUGGAAUAAAAGUGCAGCUUUUGCUGUAAAAAGUCAAGUGGGACCAGUAAAUACAUCUUUAGACAGUGUGGUUAUGGCCAGUAUUCAUCAAAAAGAGCUGAUGCUGAGGGCUCUCCAAGCCCUGCCAUCAGACUUUGGUAUCCAGCCCUGUGCUCCAGAUGUUUCUCUGCUGAGUUAAUCAGCUUUAUGGGGACUUUAGGCUUCUAAAUGUUGAUGCUCUCGCUUGCAUGCUUAGAUGCCAAAAGCAAGCUAAAAUAAGUUUGAAAUGGCCUCCCCAUCUCCUCCACCGCCAUUGUGUUAUGUUUAUUUGAGUGAGGGUGGGAGGAAAGCUAAGAAGACUCUGAGGGACACUUGCCAUCCUUCCUUGAAUGCCUUUUAGAUGUCACAUUUUGAUCUUUCUUCCCAAGCUGGAUGCUUUAGCAGAUGUUUUAAGAGCAAAGGCAUUGGGAUGGUGAGUAUGUUUUGAUCAUGGUACAUUAGGCUAGAAGCUUAUUCUUCUGUGCCUCUUCCAAUGCAGAUUAUGCUAAGGUAGCAUCAAAGAAGCAUUUUUAUGUAUUAAAUUUUUACUUUUCUUUUCCUGCCUAGUUAGGCCCUGCCAAGUGCAACUACUCUAAGUUGUAUUCUGCAAAAUAUCACCUAAACUGUAACAGCAGAGCAGGCAUUGAGCAUCCACUGGUGCUAAUGGAAAUGGAAUGGUAAAAGGAGGGUUCCAUCUAGACUAGCAUAAUUUUGGCUUCUUGAGGAGUAUGCAUGUUGCCCAGCUUCAGGCAUGUAAAUUUUGCAGUUUGAUCUGUAAAGUCAAUGAAGAGAAAGGCUGCUUGGAUCUCCUAUGCCUUUGGAAAAGAGCUGAGAGUCCUAUUUCCACAGCUGUCUUGUUUGUGGAUAUAAGCUAGUAAGGGUUGUACCUCAGUCUUUGCAAGUGUGUCUCUCUUCCCUUCAUCCCCCCCUUCAGUUCUCUCACCAGAGAGAACUGAACUCUCUGGUGAGAGUUCAGCAACUCUCACCAGAAUGUUCUACCUGAACACUAAGCUCCAGUAUUUGGAAAGAGACAGCAUGCAGCACUUCAGUAAUAGACCCACUUUUUUUCAUUCAUACAAGGUAAAAACUGAAAUUUUACUUGCCUAAUGUAGAGUAUUGAUUUUCAGCACUUUGCAGCAAUGACAGAAAUGGCCAUCUCCUGAGAGCUGGCCAUGCACUUUUGUGAACUCUUUUAAUUACUUUUUUUUUAAUAUAUAUAUAUAUUAUUUUUAUUUAUUCAUUUUUACACACAGAAAUGUUAACAUUUGAGAACCCUAGAGAAAUAGUGGUAGAAUGUGUGAUGAAUUCCAAAAUAGGAUGCAGACUUCUAUUUGCAGUGAUGUCUUUAACCAUAAAUCAGCAGGAGAUGCUGAGAAGCACGCUAGCAGAACCUUACCACUGUGUCCCAUGAACUUCCUGCCUGGUGAUUUCAUGUUUGCAAAUGCUGUGUGAUAAGUUGUAAUAAUACAGUGUUAAUUAUACUGUGUAUAUUGACACUGACACUGGGAAGUGAAUCUCAACUUGCUUUUUAGGUGUGUUUUAGGUAGCUUUUGAAACUCACCCUUGCAGCAUCUUGGCCCUUAGACUAGUUAUUUCAACAAUUCUACUUUGUGGCAAUAACAUAGAUAUGGCUACUGCUCCUGCCAGCUCGGUGUAUGCUUUUGAGGAUAGUUCUAAUUGUUGAAGUUUGCCUAAAGCCAAAUGUAGUCAUUCGUUACAGCAAUUAGAAAAUGUCAUGUAUCUCUCAUUUUGCCUUUGUUCUGUAUGAAAUCUGUUGCUAGCUAUUUGUUUAAUUAUUCUGCUGGACGCUAACUGUAGUAGCAGUAAAUGGCAUUGCAGUACAUUAAGUUCCUCCCAAAUUUAGACAAAACCAAAUGUUUCCUGCCCAGAACAUUUCGUACUCUGUGCUGUAUGUUCAGUUUUGUGGACAAAAAUGGCUGUAAAUACAUUUGCAGCUGCUGUCAAGAUUACUGUUCUAUCUUUUAAAUUAAAAUACUGAAAUGUU